AUGAGCGGAAGGGUGAAGAAAAGGGAUCACGACCUGAAUGUCGAGGUGGAAAGAGAAGAGGUCGACUUCCCGCCAACGCCUCGUCUGAGUCCAGCCAGCAGCUCGGCAGAUGGUGCAAAGGGUCCAGGUGGUCCCGGCGGGUUGACCCAGAAGGCCAGAGGUCCCUACAAGUCGACCGAUUUUGAGGUACACCGCAACUGGCUAGCCCUGACCCAUUCCCUACCCGUGAAGGAGUGGUACUAUGAAAAAACGUCGGAAUGGACCCUGGACUAUCCCCCGUUCUUCGCGUACUUCGAGUGGCUCAUGUCCCAAGCCGCAUCUUAUGUGAAGACGUCCAAGUCGAAAACUACUGCACAUGCCGCAGCACUUUCAGUAUUACUAUCACCGGGGCUGCUGAUCAUUGACCAUAUCCACUUCCAGUACAAUGGAUUCAUGUACGGGGUUCUGGUUCUCUCCAUGGUUCUUGCCCGUAACAAGUCUACACUGCUAGUGUCUGGCCUUCUUUUUGCCAUACUCCUGUGCUUCAAGCACAUUCAUUUGUACCUGGCACCGGCAUAUUUUGUCUACCUACUCCGCGCAUAUUGCUUGGGGCAACGACAGUCCUUUCCCUUCUUCAACAUACAAUUUUUCAACUGCAUUAAACUGGGUACAGGUAUCGUUGCCAUUUUCGCCGGUGCCUUCGGUCCCUUCGCCGCUUGGGGCCAAACUGAGCAAGUGUUUCGUCGUCUUUUCCCUUUCUCACGGGGGCUCUGUCACGCAUAUUGGGCGCCCAAUGUGUGGGCAAUGUACUCCUUCGUGGAUCGUGUUCUCAUCUAUGUCGCCCCUCGUCUGGGACUGAAGAUCGAUCCCGAGGCAGUCAAUAGUGUCACUCGAGGACUGGUCGGUGAUACGUCCUUCGCGGUACUUCCUGACGUGGUACCUCUCACUUGCUUCCUCUUGACUCUUGGUGCGCAAAUCCCUGUGUUACUCCGACUGCUUUACAAGCCAACCUGGGAAGCAUUUGUCGGCGCUGUGACACUCUGUGGAUAUGCUUCCUUCCUAUUCGGUUGGCAUGUUCAUGAAAAGGCUAUCCUUCUCGUGAUCAUUCCAUUCAGUCUCAUUGCACUACAUGAUCGCAGGUUUUUCGGGGCUUUUCGACCACUGGCCGUUGCAGGGCAUGUCUCCUUGUUCCCACUCCUGUUCACCGCCGCAGAAUUCCCCAUUAAAACUGUGUAUACAAUCUUUUGGCUCGUACUGUUCCUGCUUGCCUUCGAUCGCCUCGCUCCACCCUCACCGCAACCUCGCAUAUUCCUACUCGACCGCUUUUCAUUCAUAUACAUUGCCCUUUCUAUACCGUUGAUAGCAUAUUGCUCACUUGUUCAUGGUCUGAUCUUCGGUUCUCGUUUGGAGUUCUUGCCACUCAUGUUUACAAGCUCCUAUUCCGCUAUUGGCGUAGUAGGCAGCUGGGUUGGCUUCUUGUUCGUGUACUUUGACUCAUAA